AUGUCAUAUAAGAAACUGCUGUGCCCUCACCAGAACAAUAUCCCCAGUUGUCCUGCUGUAAGCAUAGCUUCUUCGAAAGAACAAAGCCAUGGAGAAGUCAGUCCCUUCUUAGCACCAUCCAGUGGAUGGGACGAGACCCCACUGAUCUUCACCGUCAAACGAGAAAUUAAUAAGAGAGACAGAGGAGUACCCAAGCAGAGCUGGAGCUGUCUAUCCGCGGAACAGCGAGUGACAGAAAAGCCUCUCGGAUGUUACCCGGUAUACCCCGUGCACCUGGAGGCUAUAGGUACACACAUCAACAGACACGUGAGGACUCGGAACCAGCCCUCCCCCAGUUCCAAGAGAGAUCCUGUCCCACUGGGUCCUGCUGCGAGGCCUUCCACUGUCAUCGGGAUCUGCAGGGGAAGCCAGAUCUCCUGCGCCCCUUUGAGGGUCUGCAGGAGUUCCUCCGAGUCGCAGGUGGAGGAGACGAAAGCAGCCGAAUUGGGCGCUCCGGCCAACCCGGAUUCCCAAAGCGCCCUCCAGGGUGCGCCCGGAAAUCCAGUCGGAAGAGGCGCAGUUGCCAUGGCACCAGACCUCCCCAAGCAUCCUCAUCCCCUGGGGAAAAGGGGGCCCAGGGCAGAUGCCUCCCUCCCUGGCAAUCUGGCAGGAGCACCCCUUACUCAGUUUGCCGGGUCUCCCACCCAGCUCCCAUCAAAGGGGUUAAUCAAGGCUUGGUCUUGCCCCUCCAUGCGCCCACCCCAGCGCUUCCAGACGGCUUGUUCACAGGCCCCUCCCUGGCCGGGGGUGAAUGCUCGCUGA